GUUGUCUUGCUGCUGCUGCUGUGGCUCCCUUCUUGCCACCACAACAACGAGAGUUUCGCGUUCCGCAAUUUACGGCAUUGCAACCUCAGCCUUAUUCUUGCACACGGUCCUUUUAUAUCUCGCUUCUUGCUGCAGCCUUCGUGCGAGUCCCCGCGAAGCUCUUUCGCGAAAAUGCCGCCGCCAGUCGUACCAGCCGUGCCGGCCGCGGGUCACUCCCUGCACGACAUCGAGGGAGUUUGUGACUAUUGCGGGGAGCCGUGUGAUAGUACGCAGGACGAGCUAAACGCGCUCGCUUGCACGUUUGAAGGAUGUGCGAGCUCCGGCGUGUACCAUCAACACUGCAUCGAGGCGUUUCUUAAGAGCAUCCGCCUGGACAAGCAACGAAAGACGGGUUUUCAAUGCCCACGUGGCAAUGGCAAAGCGACGAAGUUUGACAAGCCGUGUCCUGGACGAAUCACCAAGUCGCAUCCAAUUCAUGCACGGAACGAGAACAGCAAGAAGCGGCGCAAGGCCAAGAUGCCGGAGCCCCCUCCAGCCCCUGUGGGAGCGGCGGGGAAGAAGGGCGGCAAAGGCAAGGACGACAAAAAGGCCGACAGUAAAGCCGUCGACGGGAAAAAGGAAGGGAAGGCAGCGGAUAGCAAAAAGGAGGGCAAGUCGAAAUCGUCAUUCUUGGUGCCCUCCUCUUCCUCCAAGUCCUCUGCUUCUGCACCGGCUGCACCCGCCGCCCCCGCGCCAAAGCCCACCGUUGCUCUGCUCGUCCGCUCCUCGCUACCACCAGCUGCCAAGGCUGCCGCUAAGUCCUCGUCUGCUGGGACCGACCCUCUUUCCCCGUCGUCUAAGAGCGGGGGUAUAGGCUCGUCCGGUGCUGGUGCUAGUGGUGGCGGGAGUGGGGGAGUGGCUGUGAAGGUUUUGUCAAAGUCCUGGAGUGCUGCUGCUGCGGGGCUGAAGGAUGCUGCGGCGGCUGCUGUGGGUAGUGUGAGCGGUAGCAGCGGCAGUGGCGGUGGCGGUGUGCCUGUGAAUGCGUGGUCGUCGUCGCCUGGCAUUGUGUCCGCACCAUCCAAAGGGAAAUCCUCGGAGAGCAAGGCGGACAAAGUUUCGUCCCCUAAGGACCCCUCCUCGCAACAAGACGCCAGCACCGGGGGCAAGGCCUCUGACAAGCCUGCAGCAGGGGGAGGAGGCGAGGAGAAGAGCAAGAAAGACAAGGCUGGGGGCAAGGGGUCCAGCCAAGAUGGGGAAGGGAAGACGGAGAAUGGUGGUGGUAGUGGUAAGGGCGAAGGGAAGGGGAGACAGAAGAAGAAAGGGAAGGAGCAAGUGGUUCCCGCACCUGCAGUUCCUGCUCCGGUGACCGCCGCCGUGCCUGCGAACUCGGUUUGGAAAGCCAAGCCUGCCGCGCUUCUGCUUCGGCCAGAGGCUGGGAAGGCGCAGGGACAGAAUCAGCAACAGGCGCAGAGCCAGCAGCAGCCUCACCAGCAGAAACAGCCACCACAGCAGCAGCAGCAGCAGCAGCAGGGGAAGCAGGAAGGAAAGGCGACAAGAGAAUCGCAAGUGAAAUCAGAUACUACCGUCGCCCCUUCUUCUUUGCCUCCUCCGUCGGUACCCCCUCCCAUCAAAACCACAACCACCGUGUCCCCAGACCCUCCCGCUUCUUCCGCCCACCUCCCACCCUCCACUUCCCUUUCCGUCUGGACGAAAGACUCCUCUCUCCACUCCUCCACCCUCCACACCUCCUCUCUCCAUUCCGCUCCCCCUUCCUCAUCCUCCUCCUCCUCCUCCUCCUCCACCACCCCCACUGAGUGCGAGUUUUCGACCACCUCGGGUCUCUCCUCCCCGCCCUCCUCCUUCCCCUCCACCCCGCGCGCCAUGACCAGCCUUUCCCCUUCCGCCAGCAUGAGCAGUUGCGCCGACCAUCUCGCGCCCGAGCCUGUCACCGAACCUGCUUCGAGCCCUGCUGCCGAACCGGUUGCCGAGCCUAGCGUCGUGGGUUCGGAAGCACCGUCGUCGAGUGGGGAGGGUGGUAGGAGGGUGGGUACUGAGGUGAGCAUACAGGACGGGUUGCAGGAGAAGGCAGAUUCGCAGGUACAGCAGCAGCAGCAGCAGCAGCAGCCACCUCAGCAACACCAGAAACAGUCGCAGCAGCAGCAGCAGCAGCAGCAGGAUAAGGUGGUGGUUGCUGAAGAUGUUGCAGCAGCAGCAGCAGCAGCAGCAGCAGAGGCUAGCAAGGGUAGCAGUGUGUCGAACGCAAGCAAUGCUGCCGGUUCUGGUGACGCCAGUCCCGCGGCAAGCACUGUUGCAACCGGCGCCGUCCCCAGUGCCACUGCUAGCAACGUGGCUGCCUCUGUAGGUGCUACUAACAUGUCGACUGCUGGAGAUAUGCCUGGCGCUGCAGUUGCGCGUAGCCCCACUGGUGGUCUGCGCCGGUGGAGUGAUGCCUGCCGGUUUGCCCUUGAGACGAAUCGCCGGCGAGUCUAUGUGCGGCAGUUGCAAGAGCUCGGCUUCCCACUGGGCGAGGCGGCGCAGGCAGUGCUUGUGCACGGGGGCGACCUGGGUGGCUGCCUCAACCACCUGCUCGUGCUGCACGAGUGCUCCUGCCGGCCUUCUGCUCUCUCUGCCUCCACGCCCUCCCCAUUCGUCGAUAUCUCACUCGAGUUGCAAGCACUCUCUGAGAUCAUGUCAGCUGGAUCGCUGCCCCAGGACCUAUUGGAGCAUGCCCUGGUGCUGGCCUCUGGUGACAUCAGCCACGCCCUUCACCUCAUCAUCUCACAUCCGCACGGCCUCCCCUCCUCCCUCCCCUCCACGCAACCCUUCCCCUUCUACUCAUCACCCCUCUCCUCCUCCACCACCACAACCACCACCACUGCCGCCACUGCUGCCACUGCCACCACAACCACUUCCUCCUCUCCUCACUCUUCUCUCCCCCCUCCUCACCCCUUCCUUUCCAACCACUGCAUACCUCAGCAUCCUACUGCCUUCCCUGUUGGUCCCUCUGACCCAGUAUUUGCACAUCUUUCCCGCUCUUCCUCUCCCUCCCCCUCCCCCUCGCCACCCUCUCCCCUCCCUGAUUACACUGUCGCAUCUCCUGCUUCCUUCUCUCAUACCCCCUUCACCACACUCACUCCCACCACCACCCCCUCCUCCUCCGUCCACCAUACAUCUCUCCUCUCUGGUAUUUGGUCCAGCUCAUCGCCGAAUCUCCCGUCUGCUGCCCAUGCCAGCCCCGUACCUCCUCCUGGGUUUGGCCCGAGCCUUAGUGCCUCCCCAGCUCCACUUGGAAACAGCUCCAGCUUCGGUACUCUUGAGACUCCCCCGAACCUCUCCUCGGGCAGUGGGUGGAAUUUCAACGGUCUGCCCGAGCUGAAAUCGCAGCAGCGUGCCGAGCCUGUGGGCGGGUGUGAAGCCACGAGGAAAGUUUAUGUGCCCGAGAGCAUAGGACGGCUGUGGGGAGGGGCAGGAGGAGCAGGCAUGGCAGCACAGGAGGAUUCGCAGUGGUUGUGUGGAGUGAACAGUGACAGGAGCAGUGGCACUGCUAGUGGACUCAGCAGCUGCAGCAACAGCAGCCAUGGCUACUCGCAAUUUUCUGAAGAUGACGGGCUUGGUGAUUCUCUGUUGCUGUUGCCAGGGGAUGAGGAGGAUCUGUUUUCCCGGAUUCUCCCUGGAUUGCUGGGGUAGCUCAACCUGCUCAAGUUUUUGUUGAAACGUGAGGAGAAUGAAGGUGUGCAUGGGGGGAUGCUUGCUUUGAGUGGUACCGGUAUGCUUCGAGUGUGUUAUAAGCUCUCUUCUUUUGGCCCGGCAUCUUGCUGGGCCUGAAUUGGAAAUGGAAUCUUGUGGAAUGUCGCUGCUGUCCUUCUAAAGGGCAGGUCCUGGAGGGAUUUUGGUCUUAAAAUAUUUCAUACGCGCAAAACAAUGCUGCGCUUCUUGCUUGUGUCCAUAAUU